UUGUAACAGUUCGAUCGUCGAUCGUUUCUUUAUAAACGUAUUUUUUUUUCGAAUUUAAAGUUGGUAAUUUGAAAAAAAAGUAACUUUUAUCGAAUAGGCUACGUUUUAUCUGAAUACUUUCGAAUGUGAAUCAUAGGUACACAUCGUAUCUGAAAGAUGACUGAAGAAAUCAUAUUAGUUCGCGAUGAUCAUAAAAUACCCUGGGGAUUUAGAUUGACCGGUGGCAGGGAUUUCAAUAGCCCUUUGACCGUUGUCAGAAUAACUGGUCAAAGUAUAGCGGAAUGUAGAGGAUUAAAAGCAGGAGAUAUUAUUACAGAAAUUAAUGGCCAAAAGACUAAUAAUCUUUGCCAUAACGAAGCUCAACGAUAUAUCGUCGAUGGUGGCAAUUUCUUGAAAUUUAUCGUUCUUAGAGGCAGUAGUCCUGCAAUUCCUCAAGCCUUAACUCCUGUUCGAGGAAUGACUCCAGUAUUACCAGUUUGUAAUUUCGAAAAAAAGAAACCUAGUACAUCGAUCAUUUCAGCCGAAAGUGUUUAUUCUUUAUACGAAGACGAUUCGUUUGAAUUUCUUGACCAAGACCAAAGCGAAGACGAAUAUUCAGAAUUUCACGAACCAACCGAAGAUGAAAUUAACCAGAUGUUAUUAGAGAAUGCUGAAGUCAUCGAAGAAAAAGGCAAAAACGUCAUCGGCGUCAACUUCAAGAGAUUUAUUCCCAAGUGCGAGUUUAUCAAGGAUUCGGCUGUCUUUCAAGUCUUACAAGAAGAACAAGUUCAUAAAGAACUCUCAGAAAAAGAACAGCUCAAGAAAUGUCCGAAUAAAAGAUUUUCAACUUUUUUAGCCCCUCCGGAUAGACCUAUUCCGCAGCCUAAGCCUAAACUCAGUCCUGAAAUUAAAACCGAACAGGCUGAUCAAUCAGAAAAUAUAACAGAAUCUGACGAAAACCGUAGCUCGGAAUUAAACGAUCAAAAUGAACUGACGAACGAAGAAAGUUCUCAAAAUGAAACCGAAUCUGAUGAUCGAAACGAUAAUAUCGAUGAUGAAACUGAAAAUGAGACAGUAGAAAAUGAAACAACGGGAGAUGAAUCAAAUAGUGCUGACAACGAUCUCGUAGAAGGAAAUGUACAACUGCCAAAAACUGAAUUUGAAGUUCAACUAAACCUCAUCAAAAAUACACUCAGUUCUCUGGAGCAAUUGCCAUCUCUAAUACAAUCCCAAUUGGCUGCGAUUCAAAAUCAAAUAACUCAAUUGACUCAGUUGAAGGAUAACUCUUCCUCUAGUAAUGGCCAAGAUGAAGAAACCGACUCCAAAAGUGACACUGAUAUUGCCCAAGAAACUGGCGAAAUUGAUGAAAAUGCCGAACUUCGAGCCGAUUACGACGAAAAUGCGGAAUUCAACGAUGAUUACGAUGAAAACCCCAACGAAAUGGGUCAGCAAGACAGCGACGUUCAAUUCGAAAACACCGAACCAACGUUGACCGAAUCUGAACCUAAUGAGAAUCAUUCUGACGAAGAAACUCGACCAAACAAAUCGAAGAAGAUUUCAGACGAAGAAGAACAUCCUAAACGACGACCUGCCUGUCCUCUGACUCCAUUACCAAGACCAGUUGUGCUGCCCGGGGGUAGAAUCUGGAGAAAACCGAAGGAUGCUUAUAACGAAGAAUUCAUAGCUGAAACUUUAAUAUCGCAGGCAGAAGUAUUAGUUGGAUCAACUGUUGGGGUGAAUUUUCGAAAAUACGAACCACCGAAAUUUGAUCUAUCCAAUUCGGCUGUUUAUAAAUUAGUUCAUAAUAUAGAAACUAAAGAAGCUGGUUUACAAAAUCGUGACACAAUACCUUCGUUACAAGAUUACUACCAGUCUCCGAUAAGCGCUCGACAUUUUUACUGCGCUAAUUUGGCUAACAGAAGAACUGCUAUCGAAGAGGAGGACAGCCAAAAUGAGAACCAACAAGAGAUUUCAUCGUGAAUUAUUAAGGCUCGUUUACACUAUGACAGUGCUGUCGUGAUAGUGCUUUCAUGAAAGUUGUUGAUUUUCACGCUUUCAUAACAGAGGUGUUUACACACAAAGUACACUUUCAUCAACCCUUCAUUCUAACCUAGAGAGCUUCUUUUGUCCUUAAAUCAUAAAAUAUCACCAGAAAUAUGAAAAUACUGAACUUUUAACUUCAUUUCACACUAGCCAUAAUUAUAAAGGUGAGAAAAAAACUCAAAACACCUUCCUCACUUUCACUGUCAUGCUCUACUAUCAUGCAUGCAUGAUAGUGUGACAGUACUGUCACAGUGGGGUGACAGUACAUGACAGUGCAAUUUAUACUGUGAAAGUUGCUGUCAUGACAGCACUUUCAUGACAGUACUGUCAUAGUCUAAACGAGCCUUUAUUCACGUAGGUAAAAAAACAAGCGUUAUACCAAUGAUUAAAAAUUAUACUUAAAUAUUAUUUGUACAAAAAUUAUACCAAAAAAAUACACAAUUCGAUGAAAAACAACUCAA